AUGGAACACGACCCAUGGGAUAUAAAUGCUACAAGAUUAAAAGAUGAAUUAAAUAUUGAACGGCAUGAAUGGCCAACUAAGCGACAAUCAUAUAGUAUAUGUGGAAAGCUGGGCGAAGGAGCAACUGGAAUCGUGCAUUGGGCAACAUGUACAGGAUGUUCAAUGCGAAAACGUGUUGCGAUUAAACGUAUUCCUAUAAAAGAAUCUAUGUAUAUUGAUAUUAUACGUGAGAUUCAUGUUAUGGCAUCAUGCUCACAUGAAAAUAUUGUUCGAUUUUUUACAAGCUUUGUUUAUAAAACUGAACUAUGGAUUAUCAUGGAUCUAUUGGAUGGUGGAAGUAUAAGACAAAUCAUUGAAAAACGAAUUCGAGAUAAAAAUGAUUGGUAUCUUGGUGUAUUCGAUGAAUAUGAAAUAGCAACUGUUAUGCGUGAAACUGUGAAGGGUCUUGAAUAUUUACAUUCACAGCAAUAUAUUCAUCGAGAUAUAAAAGCCGGUAAUAUAAUGUGUAAAAUUGAUGGUACAAUUCAGUUAGUUGAUUUUGGUGUUAGUGCCUUCAUAACAGAUUCUUCAACACGACAAAAAGCUAUUGCUCAUACAUUUGUUGGAACACCUUAUUGGAUUGCACCCGAAAUGUUUUCAUCUGCGGGCUACGAUAAUAAAGUUGAUAUAUGGGCUUUAGGCAUUGUUGGUAUAGAAUGUGCUACAGGACAUCCACCUUAUUAUAAAAAAUCAGCACAAGAAGUAUUUCGUAUUCUAUGUAAAGAUACAAAAGGACCAACGGUUGAUUCGAAUGCCGAACGUGAAGGACAAUAUAUGAAAUAUGAUAAUGGAUUUCGUCAUUUUCUUGAUACGAUAUUAGAACCAUCAGCAAUGAAACGUCCCAGUGCAUCGCAUUUGCUACAAACAGAUUUUUUAAUGAAAUUUGCUCAAGAUAAAAAAUUCAUCGUGGAACAUAUGGUUUUAAAAAUUCCAUUCGAUUGUAUUGAACAACAAAUUGAUAUUGAUUUGCAAUGUGAUGAUCUGAAAGAUCGAAUACAAACAAUGAAUAAAGAACGUGCUCUACAGAAUGAAAAUACAAUUUUAGAGAACAUCAGAAAUUUUUUUCGACCCAUAUCACAAAAAGUCAUACAAGAUAUAGAUCGACAAUUAGAUGCCAAUCUUGAUUCAAAAAUGAUAGUAAAUCAAGAAAUACCAUUAUCAAUUAAAUUGAAAAUAAAAGAACCAGGGCGUUUAGCAUUUUCAUUAAUUUCAUUUAAAUAUCAAUCGAGCAUUGAUCAUCCAGUGAGUGUUGCACAAGAAUUAGUGGCUGAAAAUCAUGUAUAUGGACAUGAUUAUAUAUUAGUAGCUGCUAACAUUGACAAGGCACUUUCAUAUAAAGGCAAAAUUCGAUUUACACUACAUAAAAUUGAUGGUAAAGAAAAAUAUCCACCAUCCUAUGCAGAAGUUUCUGUUGAAGAAACAUCUCAAACACUAACGAAUAACAGUAUUUUAACUAGUGAUUUUCGUUCUACGGAUUCAAUUCGUCAGGAAAAUAGUAUUCAUGAGGCAACAAUAACGACGACCAGUACUAAAACAGAUGAUAUCAUUACAUCAACAACUUUCACUUGA